AGUAAUAAUAAUAAUAAUAAUAUAGACUCAGUUGCUGAUAUAGGGUUUGCCAAGUAGAGUGGGAUAUAAAUCUAAAGCCAUAGCAAUAAUAAUAGUAGUAGUAGUAAUAACAACAAUAAUAAUCUAGGCUCAGUUGCUGAUAUAGGGUUUGCCAAGUAGAGUGGGAUAUAAAUAAUACCUACACAUAUCAAAAUGUAUUUCUAUAAAAGCUACAGAUUAAAACGUAUUUCUAUAAAAGACCUGUGAAACGGCACAAAACAGAGAUUAAACAAAGGACACGCGUUUACAAAUCAUGCGCAAAGAAUAGCCGAGCCAUGUCUGCAUCCGCCCUCGGUGCGACCGGCCUUUCUGACCUGCAGCUGAUUCCCUGUGUUUGCUCCAGACGGGCCUGAUCCGGUCGUCAUUGAGCCCCGGCAGCAGCUUUACCUGGCCGACACCAGCCUGAACCUGUCCUGCUGGGCCGACUCCGAUCCCCCGGCAACAUACACUUGGUACUUUAACAAUGAUUCGCUGCCUAUUGGAAACGGAUCUCUGUUUGUGAUUCCGGUUCUUUCGAUGAACAAUUCCGGCACCUACCAUUGCAAUGCGUCCAACGCCGACACUGGCCAUUCCAGCGACGGCUCCGUGCAGAUCGUCGUCCUGGAACCAGUUAGCGACAUCUCCAUCACCAGUACUCCCAGUACGAUUGUGGAAGACGCCUUAGUGACCCUGAACUGCACUGCCGCAAAGGGCACCGAGGUCUCCUACUUCUGGUCCAAAGGGGACCAGGUCUUGGAAAGCGACGAUCGCGUCUAUCUGAGCGACGAUAACCGCAACAUAACGUUCAACACAACAGUCCGGGAAGACUCCGGCAACUACACCUGUUACGCCAAUAACAGCUUUUCUAAUAGCAGCAGCACCUAUAUUCUGAAUGUUUAUUACGGGCCUGAUCCGGUCGUCAUUGAGCCCCGGCAGCAGCUUUACCUGGCCGACACCAGCCUGAACCUGUCCUGCUGGGCCGACUCCGAUCCCCCGGCAACAUACACUUGGUACUUUAACAAUGAUUCGCUGCCUAUUGGAAACGGAUCUCUGUUUGUGAUUCCGGUUCUUUCGAUGAACAAUUCCGGCACCUACCAUUGCAAUGCGUCCAACGCCGACACUGGCCAUUCCAGCGACGGCUCCGUGCAGAUCGUCGUCCUGGAACCAGUUAGCGACAUCUCCAUCACCAGUACUCCCAGUACGAUUGUGGAAGACGCCUUAGUGACCCUGAACUGCACUGCCGCAAAGGGCACCGAGGUCUCCUACUUCUGGUCCAAAGGGGACCAGGUCUUGGAAAGCGACGAUCGCGUCUAUCUGAGCGACGAUAACCGCAACAUAACGUUCAACACAACAGUCCGGGAAGACUCCGGCAACUACACCUGUUACGCCAAUAACAGCUUUUCUAAUAGCAGCAGCACCUAUAUUCUGAAUGUUUAUUAUGGGCCCAGUGACGUCUUUAUCAGCCCCAACACAACAUAUUACAAAACAGGCUCCAGUCUCAAUCUGUCCUGCACCGCGGUCUCCAAUCCACCUGCAAACUACACUUGGCGCUUUAACAACGAAACCCACGAUGGGAGCAAUUGGGAAAUUGAUAUUCUGACUGUUAGUCAUUCUGGGAAAUACAUCUGCGAGGCUUUCAAUGAGGAGACUGGCUUGAAUCAAUCUCAUUUCCUGGAGAUCAAGGUCCUGGAACCAGUUAGCGACAUCUCCAUCACCAGUACUCCCAGUAAGGUUGUGGAAGACGCCUUAGUGACCCUGAACUGCACUGCCGCAAAGGGCACCGAGGUCUCCUACUUCUGGUUCAAAGGGGACCAGGUCUUGGAAAGCGACGAUCGCGUCUAUCUGAGCGACGAUAACCGCAACAUAACGUUCAACACAACAGUCCGGGAAGACUCCGGCAACUACACCUGUUACGCCAAUAACAGCCUUUCUAAUAGCAGCAGCACCUAUUAUCUGGAUGUUUAUUAUGGGCCCGACAUCCCCGUCAUCCUCCCCAAGACACCGUAUUACGCCGCGGGCACCACACUCCGCCUUUCCUGUACCGCGGCCUCCAACCCGCUUGCAAACUACACUUGGCAUUUUGGGAACGGCAGUGUUUCCUCCGGGAGCACCCUGACUUUUAACCUGAUUCUGAAUGACACUGGGUUCUACAACUGCACGGCAUCCAAUGACGAGACGGAUAAAAGCUCAACUCAAUCCCAGAAGGUUACUGUUGUGGAGCACCUCGACCCGCCCGUCCUGACGCCCGAUUCCUACCUGCCGUUGGAGAAGGAGAACGUCACCUUGAAGUGCAACACCUCCAGCAGCGCCGCCGUCUCCUGGCAGAAGGACGGCAAGGAUGAGCUCCCCGGGAAUGCCGCCCUUUCGGAAAACAACAGGACACUCACCCUCUCCGGCUUCACCCAAAAGGACAACGGGACUUACACCUGCGUGGCCAGCAACCCGCGCUUCACAGCACCGAGCAACCCCAGUGUCCUCUCCAUGGCCUACGGGCCCAACAAUGUCAAGAUCAACUCGACCAGAAACCUCACCGUGGGGCUCGAUUCUACGGUGUCCCUUGUCUGCUCCGCCGACUCCAACCCCGAAGCGCAGUUCCGGUGGUUUGUCAACAACACCGCUGUGACUGUGACCAAAGCGACCUACAACAUUGCCUCGGUGACUUGGGGAAAUGCCGGGGAAUACAGGUGCCAGGCCAACAACUCCAGGACCAACCUCACAGGCACCUACACAGUCACCAUCAUCGUGCAAGUUGAGAAACCCGAUAAUCCAGAUAAUCCCGGGGGCCUUUCCGGAGGUGCCAUUGCCGGGAUCGUGAUCGGCUGCCUGGCCGCGGUCAUCCUCAUUGCGGGGCUGGUCUACUACAUCUGCACCAAGACUUCUGUGGGGAGGACGGAGCGGCACGCCUCCAAUGGGACCGUCCCCUCGGCGCCCGGCCACAACCAGGGCGCCACUGACUCCAAGCCCAGAACGGGUGACGAGGACGUACAAUAUUCCACGCUAGCUUUCAACGCGAGCCAUCCUCCGCAGCCGGCCCCGGUGGCCGGACAACCUCCGGACGGGGCGACAAUAUACUCAGAAAUCAGGAAGAAAUGAUCAGGGAUCUGUCUUUUGUGUGUUUUUUUUUUAAAAAAAUUGUGGUUGUUAUUCUCUGGAGCCUUUUCCGUGCCUCCGACCAAAGACGCCGCUGUGCCGCCGUGUGCCUCUUUCCGAAGCGAAAAGGGAGCUUUCGAGGCCAUCCUUUCAAUAUUCCUCUCUCUUGCACCUCUUGCAAGACCCACCGCUUAGUGGUUUUGCAGCAAAACAAGAGGGUAUUUAAUGCUCAAGGCUAAAGGAGAAGCCGGGCAAUGGAUGGACUCGGGUUCCCGCUAAUCUUUCCGCAACAACGGCAUCCCGCAACUCCUCGCAAGGCCUGGCUGUGCCAAACCUCUCCUCUCCUGGGCUUGGCUCUUGGGAUUUCGGGUUGCCAAGGAGCCGCGCUUUAUGCCACGGAAGGAAGGGAAUUGCCGGCGCCGGAGCGGCUCUGUUUCCUUCAACAAAUUGGUCUCUGUCGCCAGGCUGGUUCUGCCUCCCACGGUCGACUUUCUGGGCAUUCACAUUCAGAAAUCAUCUGCACCUCGUUCUGUUUUCCUCACCUCCCUUAUUGUUCCUUUGCACACACAAGCAUUUGAAACCUUUCCACGUAUGCUUGGAUCGCUCAGGGUUCUUUGUACGCGAAUGUUAUCACGAAAUGCUGUUUUUGUUUUGCUAAAUGAAGCGAAUCCCAUCUUUGUCUCUCUGGAUGAACUCAAAUCCGGUUCCAAAUCGGGGAGGCAAAAGCACGGCGAGACAGAGCCACGUUUUUGCAGUAUCCUUAUUUGAGGUGGCGAUGUUAUAUACGGAAAUGUUCAAAUUGCACAAUGGCGAAAUUCAGUGCCUUUUCCCCGAACUUUGCAAAACCAGGCCAGAAUCCCCAGCUUCCUUUCUGUAAACUCAGAAAAUCCAGCUCAAAAUCAGGGAACAUCAGCAAAACACUGCAAAGCGGAUCCAAGUGGAUCGGUUCCCAGUUUUGAAAACACUGAUAUUACAGUAGAGUUCCGGUUAUCCGACAUAAACGGACAGGCCGAAUGUCAGAUAACUGAAACUGUUGGAUAAUAGGGAGGCCCUAUUAUCCCUCCCGACAAGCCGGGAAAAGGAGGGAAAAGUCUGCGACGCAAGCACAUCGGAUAAUACGGUGCAUCGGAUAAGCGGAAGUCGGAUAACCGGAACUCUAUUGUAUAUCAAUAUAAACCUUAGGGUUUGUUUUCCCAAGCUUUCCCUAGUGAUGCUCAGCUUUUUCCUAUCUGGAUUGUUUUGGACUCCAACUCCCAUAAUCCCCACAUAUCGGGGAUUCUGAGAGCAGGACUCCAAGACGUCUAUCAAGACCAAAAAUGCUGUCCGAAUGGAACGGAGAGUCGGAGAGCCGUGCCAUCUCCUUCGCUCCUCUUGCAGAGAUAAACAUAUCUAUCACUUUGAGCCUUUUGCUCAGAUUAUUCUUUAUUCGUUGCAUUUGAACGUCGGUUGGUUGACUCCCUUCUUUGUUGCAAAGAAUGUGCUUUAUCUCUGGUUUGUUUUGCAAAAUGCAGCCAAGUGUAGCGAAGGGAGCGCAGGAAGAUUUUAGGCUGGGAGUGUUUUGCUUUGAGAAACCGGAACGCAGCCGGGCAAAGCAGACUUUGUGCAAAACUCUGAAGUUUGCAAAGAAACAGCAAAGUGAACGGAGAGAUUUCAGGGGUCCCUUCAUGGUCGCCGUCCCUUUUAUGACCCAGAGUCAUCCUCUGUCCAAUCGCAACGGCAUUUGACAUGCUCCAAUCCAUUGGCUGUGCUAUGUGCAUCAUGCCAAGCAUUUGUGGAAGGGAAGACAAUGGCUCAGUGUUCGCAACGAGCGUGAAGUCAUGACUGGAGCAUCCCGAAAUUGACCCCUUUGGCUUGGAAGCAUCUCCCUCUUUUCCUCCUCCUCCUCCUUCUUCCCAUUUUGCCCCAAAGACCCCUUUUUGGGGACGGAUUGCGAGGGACAGAGCCAAGGAUGGGACGCAGCGAUGAUUGUGGGGGGCGGGUCAGGGAAAAACGGGUCUGUUGGGCCUUUAUAAAUAUAUAUGUAUUGUAACGUGAAAUCAGGUUAUUUUGUUUUUAAUUAAAGAUUUAAAUAAAUUAAGUAUGGAAAAAGGA